UGGAUGAGACGGUCCUGCAUCCAGCUGUGUUCUCGCGCACUGUACCGAAGCGUGUCAGGCAAGAGACAGGACAAUAUUCACCGGCGGCUGGAGGGAUCUUGAAUCCUCGUUAACCGUGAAGGCUGGCAAAAAAAGAUACAGGUGUCCCACGAGAGCCGGUUGCUGCCUGGCGACGAGAAAAAAAGGGGCUCUCCGCAUCUGUUGCCUGGGUGAAUUCAUUAACACGUUAGCAUCCAGCUAGCUAGCCAUAUUGCAAGGGACCUAACGCAACGAGGUGUAAGUUAACGUUACACCGAAAAACACGAAUGUCAUCUCUGCUUUUUAGUAGACAGCGCUCGACAUGAAUCUUCAGUAAAUACCGGUUCCUGUUACGGAGCGAUAUAUUACGUACGGAGAAGAAGACGGACCUAAAGGUGUAGGAAUGGGUUUCAUGUAAGGCUAGAGAGCUAACGGGAGCUAGCAGGCUAGCUUCAUGGAAAUACAGUUGGCUAUGCGGCUGCUGCAGAGCGUAGCUUGUAGCUACACACCCUGCUAGCUAAAAUGGAGUGUCUGUGUCCCAUUAAGCCUGACGGUGUCUCAGAUAGAUACAUACAAUGACAAUACUGCAUUCAAUAGUCAGCUAGAAGGCCGACGCGACAAUGGAGUCUUUUCUGCAGAUAGCUCCCCAUUCCCUGGCUAUAGUACUGUCCAGGGUCGGGGCUGGGGAGGCGGUGGGUACGGCCGGGGUGUCAGAGAGCGAUGCGCUGCCAAGGCACCACACCGGCUAUGAGAUUUUUGCCGAUUUCAAAGCAGAAAAUACCCAGCAACAUGUUUGGAACCAGAGGAUUACCGAAGCUGUGUCUGAGACCUUCUUCCUGGGAUGGAUAGACGAGCAUGUGCUGCUGAUCCAGGGGAAGGAGGACCACCUGGAGGUGCUGAGGGAGGGAUGGAUGCGGAGGUCCCUCAAUCCGCCACGAGGAUUCACCAUCAAAUACCUGGGUGAUGUGUCACCCAUCAGUAUGUCCCCCAUCAGCCAAUCGCAAUUCAUCCCUCUGGGAGAGGUAUUGCUAUUGGCUAUCUCGGCUAUGAACUCCGCCCACAAGCCUGUCACUCAGGAGGCCCUAACUGAACACCUGCAGACAUGUUUUCCAGGUGUUCCCACACCGACGGAGGAGGUUCUGCACCACACGCUAAGCAUGCUGGUCCGUGAGCGGAAGAUCUACCCAACACCAGACGGAUAUUUUAUUGUAACCCCUCAGACUUACUUCAUCACGCCGAGCCUAAUCCGAACCAGUUCCAAGUGGUACCACUUAGACGAGCGAUCCGCUGACCGACACCAACAGCAGCAACAUCAAAACCAACAGCAGCAUCAGCAAACGCAGUGCACCUCCCCUCUCUCUGGCACCAUCACCCCAUCCACCUCUGGAGUCGUGCGAGAUCGAACACACCCAAAGUCCAGCCAAAACCACAGUGGGGGCGGUGGAGGAGGUGGGGAUUCUUUUUUCAACAACAGUUACCGUGGAGACGACCCCCCUAGUCACCACACCACCCUACAGCGUCGUUCUCCCAAAGACCACCGGGAGGCGUACUCGUCCCCGCACUCACCACAAACACCUCCUCAACAAGCAGGAGGCAACACAGAAAAGAGUCGCACCACCCUUGGGUUCCCCUUCAAGACGGACACGCUUACCAAGCACCGAAGCGGGGUAGGAGGAGGGGGAGGAGGAGAGACAGAGAAACAAGCAGGUGGAGGAAGUGGGACAGGAAGUCGGAAAUUUGGUUUGAAGCUGUUCCGUCUGAGCUUUAAAAAGGACAAGACCAAGCAGUUGGCCACCUUCUCUGCACAGUUCCCCCCUGAGGAGUGGCCGCUCCGUGACGAGGAGGCGCCAAGCCAGCUGCCACGCCAUGUAGAGAUGGAGAUCAUCCGCAGAAUCAACCCUGACCUCACUGUGGAGAACCUCGCCCGGCACACAGCGGUCAUGAAGCGCCUCGAAGAAGAGCGUGCUCAGAGAAGCAAAGCGUCGUCAGCCAAUCAGAGCUCCAGGAGUAGGAGAAGUGGGGGUAGACACAGAAAGCAGUCUCAGACCAAACUCAGCCGCUCACAUAGCAAGACGAGGGCGUCCCGCGGUGAGCCAAGUGACCUGGAGCUGGCCGACAGGGACUACAGAGCCUACUCGUCCUCACUGGCGCGGUCACCAAGGGAACACGCCCUGGCCAUGGAUCGGCAACGGGCCCGCCUUCAUCUGGCACACAGCAACCCCAACAUCCUCGACUCCGCCCACCUGCCUGUCACGCCAGAGUGGGAUGUGUCUGGAGAGCUUGCGAAGCGGCGCACAGAAAUGCCUUUCCCUGAGCCAAGCCAUGGUCCAUCAGCCCAUCACUCCAAAGUACACCGCUCACACUCCCACACCCAGGAGAGGAAGUCCAGGAACGAACGCAGCGACAAGGCCAAGGAACGCUCUAGGUCUAUGGACAAUUCUAAAGGACCACUUGGAGCUGGGUUGAUUGGCCCACCAGAUUAUUACGACGACCGGAGCCGUUACUAUACUGACGAUGGCACCCUGCGAGCCAAUCAGAGCACUUCUCACUACUCUCGUGCCACCGCCCCCUCAGUUAAACUCCCUAUGGAUUCUCUGGGGUUGGAUGGUGGCAGGAGUUUAGAAAAGGCUAAGAGUAGGGACAGCCUUCCGGCAUACUCACCCAAACCACUGCCCUGCGCCAUCCCUCCUGAUGAUUACUUCCAAUGCUCCGGUUCCUCUGAGGCUGCUCUCAUAGCAGCAAACCCACUGGGAACUCUAGGCAAAAGUAGCCAUGAUGGAUUAAAACUAACCAGUGCUGAAAGGCAAACAGACAGACAGACACCCAAUCCUCUCGUAAACAAGGAGGACUUGUCAAAGGUGGGUCCUAAGGGUGGCAGCCUGCCUCCAAUACCCCUCUCUAUCCCUGACACCCCUCUUCCAAAUGGACGACCUCCCCACAGUGCCUCCUCUGGUCAGGAGAAACGAAAGGAGAUCUUUAGUAAAGACACACUCUUUAAACCUCCUCCAAGCCUCCCUUUGCCCGGCUACAGCUCUCUGAGAAAAACCCCUGCCCUCGCCUCCUCUACUCUGUCCUCAUCCUGCGAUGCACUUGAUUCCCAGGAGGCCUUCGAUGCCCCCAAACCUCUGGUGGCAACACCGUCUGCUCCCCCACAGGGGAUUGAACCUACUACCAGUGCUGCAGAGGCCUCCUUUGACUACUACAAUGUCUCAGAUGAUGAUGAACUCGAGGAAGGGGGGACUAAAAGUCGAGGAGAGGACGAAAAGGCUGGAGGAGGUGUUGUUGGGAUGGGAGGAGGUGGAGCAGGGACCAUGCAGUGGCUGUUGGAGAGAGAGAAGGAGAGAGAUCUACAGAGGAGGUUUGAAAGAACCCUCACCUUUCCUGGUGUUAAAGAGAACCUUCCAGAGCCCAGUCAGAACCAGCAGUCAGCCCACUCUGCUAGACUUGACAGUAUGGACUCCAGCUCCGUUACUGUCGACAGUGGAUUCAACUCCCCAAGAACAAGGGAGAGCCUAGCGUCUAACACCUCCUCAAUAGUGGAAAGUAAUCGUCGGCAGAACCUGGCACUGAGCCCCGGCCAUCUCGGCAUCACUACCGGCACGGGCCCCCCCUUCUCUUUCCGCGCCAUCCCAGAACCUGCCGGCACCCAACCAGAGAAACUCCAGAAGCCUAGCGCUUGCCUUGCGUCAAUCACCAGCGUCUAGGGGUAGAACUAAGGGCUGGGUGGAGCACCAAAAGCCAAUGGAGAGGUGCCAGAAAAUAUAUUUCCACCCCAAGGACUGUUACAUCUUCAGAUUGACUGACUGAAUCAGUGGAGCUGCCACAGGCCCGCUGUGGAACUAUAGCUAUUAACACACACACACAUACACUUGGACAGAUACAAACAGAGCAAUUUAGACCACCAGGAAACUGCUCUGUCUCUCACACACACACACACACACACACACACACACACACACACACACACACACACACACACACAUACACACAGACAUAUACACACCAGGCCAUUGGGCAGACUCUGACCAUGUCAUUCUACAGCCUCUAGUAUACACACUGCUGUUGUGUUGUUUCACUUUCACGUGGGUUCUACUGUGUGUGUGUGUGUGUGUGUGUGUGUGUGUGUGUGUGUGUGUGUGUGUGUGUGUGUGUGUGUGUGUGCGCGUGUGUGUGAUGUUUGUAUAAUCUGUAAUCUCAGGUCAUGUUAUAUCCACUCUCAUUCCAGCUGCUCCAGAUCAGAUCUCCCUCUAGUGGUGUCUCCUGGUGUUACACACUGAAGAGACGCAGCUCUGCUGACUACUGUUACUAACGGUACACACAUCCUCACUCAUCCAGCUCCUACUCAUUUGUCUCUGUUAGCUCUUCUCUAAAUUCACCACUGGCAGACACCUUGUAAGGUGCAGUUCCACAACAAAUGACAAUGAGAAUUAAUACCCUGACCACCACUCCAAAGUGCAUCAACAAUGUGAGGGGGUUAGAAAGGUCAAAUGAGUAACCUGUAACCAGGACUGUUUUUUACUAUAACUGUAGAAUAAGGCUGAGCAUUUCUUGUAUCUGUUGGAUGCCAUGAUGCCCAUUUCAACUGCCUGAACACUGUUGUCAGAUUUAUGGACAGCCUGAGUUGUCGCUCCAGGGAUGAGAUCUUUGAUUACGUACUGUUUAGACUUUCAUAGGGACAGAUCUUCUUCCACCUUUUCUCUAUUUUUACGUUACCCCUUAUGUCCACUGGAUGCAGCUGCUUCAGGUUUCAGCUCUGUCAUGGCUGGAAACAAUCUUCUGCCUGACAGUGUGCCAAUGUCCAUUGGUCACAUGCUCUUUUCUCCACUCCACUAUCAUUACAGAUGAGAUAAGUACGGCGGCCCCGAGAGCUCAGCGUACUGCAAAUUAUGAAAACACAGGCAAGCUCUCAGGGCCGCCGUAGAUGUCACUUUAUAGAUUUCCUGAGGAGACGUUCACAUGUUACAGCAGCACAGAGAAAACAAAUAGAGAAAUAUUUGAAAGAAAUAAAAAAUAAAAUAAGAUAUAAAAAAAUGAGAGAUGACAUUAAAAAAAGGAAUAUACAGAAUAUACAUACCUUACACAAUUUAAGUGAAUUUAUAUAUGAAGUGUAUAAAUGCCUAUAUUUAUUGACAGUUGACAUGAAAUUAAUAUUUAAUUACAUGCUGCAUUUUGUUACCUUGUCUUUAUGUACAUAUGGCGAAACUAGUUUUUCUUGUUUGUUUAUAAAGUCACUUCACAGUCGUGUUCGGAUAUCAGCUAUUGAGGUCCUGCAGAUGAGGACACAGCCUGAAAAAGCAUGUAAAUGUGUUCAUAGUGACUAUUGAGUCACAAUACUAAAUCCAGUUAAACUUAAUCACAUUCCUUUCAAUAAACAUCCCGCAGUGAUUAAUAGCAUUGUGGUGAUGAGACACUGCGUAAGAAGGGACCAUUGUUGUGGUUAAACUUAGAGCACACAGAGUUCACAAGGCUUUGCAGUGCAUUGAGGACUUUCAUACUUCUAAAGGUUAACUGUAGACAUUAAACAGUAUUAUGGAUUAUUCAUAUGAAGUCAAUCAUUGAAGGUCUAUUGUUAGUCAUUCCAGUAGGAUUAUGCUGAACAGCACGUUUUGUCACCAUGUACUGUUCUGUAAGCCGUGCUCUGUUCGUGUGAAGGCUGCAGCACAAAGCGUGUCUGUUGUUACAUUAGCCACGUUGGCUAAUUAAGAAACGGACGAGGUUCAAUGUGUGAUGAACCUGAACCCAAAGUGAUAUAGACGAAAGGUGGAGAUGACAGUAGACACUCCUUAUAUUCAUGAUUUAUUCAUUUAUUUACUCAUUUCUAUUACCCUGGCAGACUGAAGAGCUAAGGUUACAUGAACACCUGAGCAGGAGUAAAAUAAAAUAAAUACCUUUUCCUAACACAGUAUUUCUCUAGGUGUUUAGACCUCAGGUGGUCAGAGGGUGGAAACCAGCCAUAUCUAAUGAUUUAUUCAUGGGGAAACUAUGAAUUAGCCAUUGUUGUUUAUGGAGUCGUCGCCUUGCUUCUGCCCUUCAGUAUGGCACUCAGCACUAUAUGGCAACGUCACAGCAGGACCUCAAUAAACCUUUAUGACACAAAAAGCACACAGAAAAUGAGAAACUUCACUGGUUUUGGUUUUCACCAUUGCUUCUAUACAUAUCCAGCAGAAGUGAGAGGAGGGUGGGGAGGGGGUGGAGAGAAAGAGAAAUAUCCAGAGAAAUGUUGGCAAAAAAGCAUUAGAAACAAAGCACAUUAAUGUCAGUUAGAUCUUGAAGCAGAACCAAACAACAGUUAAUAUGUAGAGAUGGGACUGCUGGAAGACGUGGCGCUGCUGCAUCCAGUGGACAUGAGGGGUCACAGUCAUAUCCCUGUUGACUUUCACAGCCCAGCUGUUAGGGGCUAACUUCUUCUAAGAGUUGGGCAUUUUUAAACAGCAAAUAUCACUGACCGUUUCUUUGAAUGGCUAGUGAAUUCAAAAUGAAAUGUAAAAAUCCUGGCUUUAGAAAAAGUAGGUGCUGCUGCACAACCAAGCCAGCCUGGGUGUACAGGUGUACAGAUGUACAUUCAUUAGUAGCAGCUGUACUGGCACUUGAGUAGGCUGAGCGUCCAACAGAGAAUAUGAGAUAAGAGGUGAUUCAGAAAACUCAUCCAGACUAAUGUUCUAAACAACAAGCAGGGAUAUGACUUUGUUUUGAUCCCAGUAUUUAUUUAGUUAUACAAAACUUUACCAUUAAUUUACAUUUCUAUCAAGUUCAUGAGCUUUUCUUCAAACAGUUUGAAUCAAAUCCCUGAGCCACUCUCACUCCUGGUGCUAAGAUGUAUUAUGGUCAGUGACGGCCAUGAUAAUAGUCAUAAUAAAAAGGGUGAUGAGAGAGUUGGAAUACAGUAAAUGGUUGCUUACACUUGUAUAAUAGGUUUCACCUGCAUACUUUUGCCAAUGGCCAUUUAGUCCCUUCUAUGAAGCAUGUGGGUGAAGAGGCCUGGGAUUACACGGUGACGGAACAGACGGACGGGGCGACCACUGACGAUGACACAAGGACAUGUAGAAUAAGACCAGCAUUCCACAUGUGUUUGUCUCAUUUUAACAAGACCUGAGCUGAGCUGGAUUUACCGAUCUCGAAAGAUCCUGCAGUCCUAUAGGUCAAUCAUUUCCCAUCCUCCUAUAGGCUCAGGGAGCUGUCAGUCAUCCCAGUGUUGUCGUCCUAUAGGCUCCUCUACAACUACCUCCACAGCAGCAAAAACACAGCCUGUCCUUUCUACUAUCACACUGUCAUCAGCCUCUAGCCUGUGAAUGUCUGCACACACACACAUACACACACACACAUAUAUACACUAACACACUACACAUCAAAGUGCUGGACUCCCUAUUGUUUCCCUUUCUUCACUAACAAGGUUUCUCCUAAUGUUACAUGAUAGCAUUGUGCUUCAGCUGCCAAUGCUAUCCUCCCCACGCACAAACACAGACACACUUCUCCUCUGCAGAGUGAACCUCUGUCUGGAUCCCAGAAAGGGACUUCAAGUCGUGUUGGCCUUGUCACCAAUGUAACACAAUAUCCUGACAUACAGCUAUGCAAGCUAGCCCGCUGUGACUUGGCACAGAGAAGUUAAUAUCAUAUUCAGUGAGGAUGUGCACACUGUAGGACUCCAGAUAUACUCCAAAGCCAGUUCAUCAUGGGCAUAUAUUUUGGUUGUCUGCAUGAACUCCGUCAGACAAGAGCUGCAGAUGAAAUGUACGUCACAUUGACCCGCAUAGCUACGUGUAAAGUAUAAAUUAGGCUUGAGGGGUUCAGUAUGCUUGAAACAAACUUGUUCAUGCAACGUGUCGUCUUACCAUGUCAGUGUUUCUACCUUUCUGAAUUGCCCCACCCCCUUAAAGUGUGCUCUCAAUUUCCACACUGGAAGGCGUGAACGUCAUCUUAAAAGUUUUCUGUUUCAUGGUCCAGCAAGCACUAAAUGUGAAUGCUUACUGACCCUUUAAGUGUGCCUCAGUAAAAGAUAGUGUAGCUGCUUUUGGUAAAAGAACGAUGUAUAUCAAGAUACUUGUCGUCUCUCACCUUGAGUUAACUUGCCCGCUGUAUGGUAGGACCUAAUGUUUCUUUUGUUUUUUGAAUCUUUAUUUUUUUAUAGAUUUCACCAUGUUCGCUCAUGUGAGGUGAGUUUCCUCUGCCCAGCUGUCCUUGUCGCAGGUAACUGUACUAUUGGUGUGACCAACUGUGUCGGCUCCAUGACUGACCAGUACGAGUCAUUAAUGUAGCGACAAGGACGACCACCCUCACUGGCUUUCCAGCGAACACAAUGUGCGAACACAUUGUGUUCGGUGGAAUCAGGCCUUUGCAAUGGUAGACUGGAACUUUAACUAUUCACCUCCAUGUGUUCAGAACAAAUGUAACAAACACUGCAAACUCUCUUGAACCCAUUAAAGAACUAGUCAAAUGGCUCUGUGUCUGAUGUAAGAAGGUAUUAUAGUUACCACUGGAGUAGGAUUCUGCUCCCUCACCUACUGUUGGGUUUUAGUUCUCAUUGUACCACUGCAUUCGAUGCUACUCUGCAUCUUGCCACUACACAGGGUACAACCUCAUGUCUUACCACUACAGUGAAAGGAUCAUUAUGUUAUGCUUCAAACUGCUAAUACUUUACCCUCUGUUCCAGGGUACUGGUGAAUAUUUGUUCCUAAAUGGACAGAUGUUUCUGUUCUUCAAAUAUUGUCACUAUGCCAUCAAUAUGUUAUGAUUCUAACCCGGCUGUUCUUGGGUUUUAGUCCCUGGGGUGCUAGGAACUACAACCCAAUGGAGACUAAAACUACCAAUAGUUCAAAUUAUAGUAGUAUUCUAGGAUUGUAUCCCAUAGUCUGCAAUGUCUACAGAUUUCUAAUACUAUUUAAGGGCAGUAUGAUUUGAAUAACAAUUACACUAUCUACAGAAGAGUUAAUAGUGCCAGUUGACCCACAUAGGGCCUUAUCCCCUAUUCUAUGACCACAGAAAGACAUAGGAAGGAUAAAUCCAGAUUGUGUUAGCCAAGGUCGUUUCUGUUCCACCUUUACCAUUUAGAGUGCCCUGUUCCUACAGAUACUGUAGUUCCAGUCCCUAUCGUACCACUUGUCUUUGGUUUACCACUACAGUUGAGUUCUUGUCCCUAAAGUAGAGUUUAAUCUCUAUUGUACUGCAGUUCAGGAGUUAUAGUUCCUGUUCCACAGCCACAGUGGGCUUCUUGUCCCUGUUCCACCAGUAACAUAGUCCCCUGCCUGGUGGAGGUCAUGGGUUCCAUCCUUCAUGUCUGAUGAUUGCACUGCCCCCUACCGAAUUCCUCCUUGCUACUGUCUGGUCCAGUGGCCCUCCAUCGACCCCUAAGUCCCCUCCAGCCACAGUCCCGUAACCUUCCAUCACUUUUCUACACUGACAGUCCAUUAAAAUGUCUUCCCUUAACAUCGGCGGUGGUUUAUAAAAAUGGCGGUUCAACAAUAACAUUGUUUCUAAUGGUGACGGUAUGUCAUACCUGUAAAUGAUGUUUAUCUGUCAUGCCUAGUCAAAUAAUUUAAACAAUAAAAGAGGGAUUUUUUAAAAUGUCUAUAAUAUCUGAAAGUCCCUUUGAUGUGUAGUACUGGUGUUACUGUUGUUGUAGUGUAUGUGAUACCCUACUGGGAUUGUGUUUCUUUUUAAGAUAAUAAAAUAACAAUGUUUGGUUACA